AUGCAAUCGCAGCACGAAGGAGAGUCCGCCUAUCUCGCGCUGGCGAGUUAUAUCCUCAAGUACGGUCAAGAACGCUCGGAUGAGCGCACCGGCGAUGACACGAUCUCGGUCUUUGCACCGCCCAGCAUCCGGUUCGACAACGUCGGCGAGCGCUUUCCGCUGUUGACCACCAAGCGCGUCUUCUGGCGGGGCGUGCUCGAGGAACUGUUGUGGUUCCUGCGCGGGAGCACCGACUCGAAGGAGCUCGAGGCCAAGAAGGUCAACAUCUGGCGCGACAACACGACGCGCAAGUUCCUCGACGAUCGCGGACUCCACCACCUCCCCGAGGGCGACAUUGGGCGACAGACCCGUGAAGAAAACGGCAUCGAUCAGAUGGCCGAGGCGAUUCGGCUCAUCAUCGAGGAUCCGGGCAGCCGCCGGAACAUCGUCUCGGCAUGGAACGUGUCGGAUCUCAACAAGAUGGCGCUUCCGCCUUGCCACAACUUUAUGCAGUUCAACGUGAGCCCCGAUCACACGACCGUGAAUCUGCUCGUCAACAUGCGCAGCGUCGAUCCGUUCAACAUCGCAUCGUAUGCCGCGCUGCUGUGCCUCAUCGCGCGGAUCACGGACAAGAAUCCGGGAUCGCUCAUCUUCACAAUGGGCGAUGCGCACAUCUACAAGAAUCACGUUGAUGGCAUGAAAGAGCAGAUCUCGCGCACGCCAUACGAUCCACCACGGCUCGUCAUCGGGAGGAAACCCACGCUGGACGACCUGCACACCGAAGACUUUGUUUUGACGGGCUAUUACCCGCAGCCGACCAUAAAAUUCAGGAUGGCCAUCUGA